AUGCCACAAGAACACCACCACCACGAGAACACAGACUGUUAUUCUUAUGGAAGAAGACGUCCUCAAUCUGUUACUAAAACUGAUGAUCAAAGAAGUUCUUCAUCUGAUACUGAAACUAGUCGUCAAACAAUACCUCACUCUGAAUCUGAUCCUGAAACAAGUCCUCAAUCAGAUGCUCGAAAAAAUACUCCAACAAGUCCUCAGUCUGAUUCUAAAACUAGUCCUCAACUAAGUACUCAACCUGAAUCUGAAAGUAGUCCUAAAACAAGUCUUCAAUCUGUUACUAAAACUAAUUCUCAAACAAGUCCUCAAUCAGAUACUAAAACUGGUCCUAAAGCAAGUCCUAAAUCUGAUUCUAAAACUGGUCCUGAAACAUGUCCUCAAUCUGAUCCUAAAAAUGGUCCUUAA